AGAUAUAAAUAUUAUUAAAUAUGGAAAUCACAGAAGAGUAACUCAUUCAAGAAGCACUUAAAGCCAAAGAAAGGGCAUAUUGUCCAUAUUCAAACUUUAGAGUGGGAUGCUCUUUAUUGACAAAAAACAACAAAAUAUAUACAGGAUGCAAUGUCGAAAAUGCUAGUUAUGGUCUAUGUGUUUGUGCUGAGCGUGUAGCGAUAUGCAAAGCUGUAAGCGAGGGGGAUCGUCAAAUUUCAACCAUUGUAGUAUCAUGGUACAUAUCUAAAAUAAACAUUAGUGACACUGAUGAGCCUACAUUCCCUUGUGGUAUGUGCAGACAAACAAUCAUAGAAGUAAAUACAAACCUCUAAAUAAUAGUUUUGUUAUGCUGGCAAUGAUAUUAAAGUUAUUGCCAUAGGAAAGGAUCACACAAAACCUAAGUAUUCUAAAGGCUCCGAAGUUAUACCAUAUGCUUUUGUUCCUAAAGAUCUUAAUGUCGAUCCUUAAUUGGAAAAAAAAUGACAAUAAAAUAUUUAUAAGAAACAAUCACACCCAUUCCCUA